GUACUGUUUGCGCCAUACAUUCGCUUCCUAGUCUUGGUUCCGGCGCUCCACGGCCCAUUGCUGCCUUGCUGCGCUUUACUUCGCCCUCCCCAUCCUUGGCAGCGUUCUCCUUCUCUCCAGCCCUCACGCCUCCCCCGGCAGCAGCACUCCUCCUCCUAUUCUUGCUCUCUUGGAGUCUCAGUUCUGUGUGUGUCAGGCAGCGCAGGUCCCGCCCCCAUCCCUGGCCCUUCGCGCUGCAGAGAAAGGCCUGUGCCACACAGGGGGGUGCAGUUUAUAUUGGGACGGGGGUUCCGCUCUGUUCAUGCCCUUUUUAUAACAUCUCUUCCAGCUCAGGGAGAUUCUGACUUCCCAACUCUUCUGCACUUCUAGUGUUACCAGCAGCACCCAUAGAAGCCCUAAGGUGGGGGGUUUAGGCCUUUAUUAACGUGGGACACCUUGUGGUGGGGAAUGAAUGCAGUUAGCUUCUAGUCCUGCCCAGCACCGUCAUAUAUAUAUAGUGCUCCCUGACCCUGGCAUUAAAGAGGAGGCGUGGCCAUGUUAUUUGGGCAUGCACCCCCAUUACCUUACUUCUACCUUUUGCUUCAGGCUAGUCCAUGUAGCUUCUUCAGCCUUUUUUCCAUGAAUGUUUUCCUUAUCCAUUCACAGCAUAACUGUUGCUUGCAUUGGGGCCCCAUAUCUGGCUAGUCUUCUGUGGUAUUGCCCUAAUGGAAUAAGCCUCAGAUCUAUUGAUGCAGCUGGGAAGGGAGGUCAGGCAUGGAGUGAAGCUCAGAUGGCAGCAUCAGGAUUGCUGUAAAAAAUAUAAGACAGGGCUUCACUGAGCGUAUAUGUUACUUGUUGCAGUUUUUUUUUUUUUAUUCGCUGAUCACUCAACUGACUGCAGCUUUUGACUUCAAAGAAGAUUUGUUAUAAGUAGCAAGUGAAAUUAUGGCAGGCCAUGUUUCUCCAAAGGUAAUAUUUCGAGAUGUUGCUGUUUAUUUCUCAGAAAAGGAGUGGGAUCUCCUUGAAGGAUGGCAGCGAGACCUUUACACUGGCGUGAUAAAAGAAAUUCAUGGAAUUCUCAUAUCCCUCGGAUUUAUUAUUCUUAAUCCAAACAACUUCUUAAGGAUUCAGCCAGAAGAUGAACCAUGUCUGAAAAGUCGUAAUGUGUUGGAAAGAAAUGAAAGCAUAAAUAUCACAGAGCCUGACUGUGGUUUGGUGAAUCCUGAUAUUUUAUUAACUGUCCAGCUUGGUGAAAAGCAGCAUGUUGCAGAUACUUAUGAAGAGAAUGGAGGAAGAAAUGUGUCAUUGCCUAGCACAAGCAAGUUCAUUGACAAGUUUGGUGAAUAUACUGCUGUCAAGCAGGAAGCCCAUCUAGCAGAUUAUACAAGUAUUCCCAAUGUAAAACCACUGAAUAGCCCAAAAAAACGUUAUCCUUGUAAUGAACCAGUAUUGCGAAGGGUCAGUAUUCAGGAACAACCAUCCAAUAGCUUGCAUUUGGAACUGAAACGUGGGAUCAGAUAUUCUACUGUGCAGGGAAACAGAGCAUCUACCUCUGGUUUAAGCAAGCCAAACGCUGUUGCAGUACCAGGAAAGUUCAUUAUCAAGAAGCCAUACAAUAUGUGCGACAAGAACUUCAAUGUAAAAGCAUACCCAAAAAUUGAACCUCUAACUUUAAAAGUUAAAUCAAAAGAACUACCAUCUAACACUGAAAAUGUUAGCUUGGAAGGAAGAAAAAUGGUUAACUAUAUAAAUGUAGAUGAAACCAUCAGUGAGAGACAAGUCACUCAGAAACUCAACUUAGGAAAUAUACCUUUGAAAAACAAAGGAAAAGUUCAAUACAAUUUGAAAAGUAGCGGGUACUGCCAAAGAAUGUUGAGAUGGUCAAUCACUCAAAAGGAAGAAGUGACACAAAAGCGAUAUUUAGCUGGAGCUCAAGUUUCUAAAGAGCCCGAAAGAAGCUUUAACUGCACCGAAUGUGGAAAGAGAUUCUUAAAAUUAUCUGACCUUAGGCUUCAUCAGGGAAGCCAUAGAAUAAAAAUCAAACAAUUAAACGGUUGUGUUAUUCAACUAAAAAGCCAUCAGAAUGUACAGGCAAGUCAGCGGCUGUCCAUUGAGCAGAAAAAUUCAAAUACAGGUUCACCCAAAAACAUAUCUGGGGCCAAGUCAUUAACGUGUGCUGUUUAUGGUAAGAAUGUCAGCCCCAACACCCAUGUUGUGCCGCAUCAAAAAACACUUGUAAGAGAGAGACGGUUUGUAUGUAAAUUCUGUGGAAAACGGUUUCAAAACAACAGUAACCUUAUUGGGCAUGAAAGAAUUCACACAGGUGAGAAACCCUUUGAAUGCCCAGAAUGCGGCAAAAGCUUCAGCCAGAAAGCCAACCUUACAACUCACCAAAGGCUUCACACUGGCGAACGGCCCUUUGUAUGUAUUACUUGUGGGAAGGGCUUUGCACAGAAGAUUAACCUGCUAACACACGAGCAAACGCACGCAAAGAAAAAAAAGAAAGUCGAUGGCAAACACAUCAUGAUCAAUUGAUCGACAUUGCUUCAGGAUCUGGCUGAUUCAAUAAACAGAAGAGACAUUUUCAGCUGUGAUAACCAUAAAGUGCCUGGAAAGUGGUUGCUCCAUUUCACACAAAGUCUACUUAUUUUUUGAAUAAAACCUACAUGGUUCCUGCGAUGGCUAAUUUUACUGUUGGUCUAGUUUAGGACUAGUAUUGACAGGUGCUACUUUAAAAGGGUAGGUAUCACUGGGAAGUUGCUCAAAACUGCCUGCAUAGGUGUCCCCAGAUAUCCUUAUAAUAUGUCAAAAAGGCCAUAUACCUCACUCCUUCCAUAGGAGGAAAUGAAACAAGCACUUGUCUUGCAUUUUACCCGUUUCCUUUUUUUUUUUUUUUGCGAGUGAAUAAAAACAUUAGUCAUUUCUUCUAUCGUACUUGCAUACAGCUACCCAUCUGUUCCCCUCCUAUACAGCAUGCUCUGUUUUCUUUGCAGUCUUGGAAAAGACUUUCUUUGAGAUAUUAUAGUCUCUUGGGUCACCUUUGAAUGGAAUAUAUGAGAUAUUUAUCAUCUUGAUUCGGAUUUUUUUUUAUCCUGUGCAAAUUAUGUCCCCCCAGCAGAAAUAGGCAAGGCUGCUUCCACAGAUGUGGAAAAGGAUAUACUGUUAAGUUUGUGCAUGCCAAGGUCUUUUCUGCUGUUUCUAGAAAUCUUGGGCAUGCACCUCACACACUCCAGAAAGAUCAGCAGCAGAACACAUGACGACAUGUGCAAAUGCUGCAACAGAGCCCUGCCAGUGUUAUUACUGACACUUCUGUACACAGUUGUCUUUGUACACAAACCUUUCCCAACCCCCCAAGUAACAAAAAAGUUCAAAUAAAUUCCCAGUAAUACUUUCCCUUUUUACAAAGCAACGAUGCAUAAGGAAGAAAGUACCUCAGAAAUGAAAGUAUUUUAGAACAUUCUAAAAUAUGACUCAUUCUCUCCAAUGUUUUCUAGCCUUACAGUUACAGAAUAUAUUUCCAGUUUGUGUAUAUAUCUAUAUAUAAGAUGAUGUUUCUGAUAUCCUUGAAACAAACCGAAUAUCAUCAUAUUGUUAAAAACCUAGAGAAACCUCUACUUUUGUUUUAGAGAAAUGCCUUGGAACUUGUAGACAUGGGAAAACUAUUUAUUGUGUGUUAGACAUUUUAAGUUGGGUGUUCAGGACUUUGGGAGUUUUAGUCCCCUGUGGAAUCAAGUUGAUAGUGCAGUAGUAGUCCUAAUAGUAGGUGAAGCUACAAAAAAAAAAAUCUCCAUGUUUUAAUGGUGUGUUCAUUUCGAUUGGUCUGCUAAGGUCAUGGUCACUGGACUAAAGACCUGGGGGGGUGGGGCAAUUGGCUGUCCGAAUAUUUGAAAGCAAUGUGAAUAUGUAAUUCUGCUGAGCUGAUGUUGUGGAUAAUGCCAAACAAGCUAGAAGCUAUCAGCUGUGGUUAAUGCUGGCAGCUAUCAGCCAGGAAAAAGCUGUACUGCAAACAUUUUCCUUGGUCUAGCUUACUAAGCAAUGAGAGAUGUCUUAACAGACCUCCUUCGACCAUGAUUGGGUCGUAGUGAAUGUACAACCAGUGUUUGCAGUGGCUUAUUUUAAAAAUACAUACUAAGAUUAUCUGACGCGGCUAUAUUAUUAAGGAAACACUAAGUUAGUUGUGAAAGACAUUACUUCAGCUAUGCGGACACUGAGCACAUAUGAGUAGGGCAUGUUACCUCUGAAAUAGCCUAUAAGGUGUGCAUGUCUUCCUGCCAAAGACCCAAUGGUUAUUUUAAUGCAGUCAUUUUAUUUACACAUCACAUUAAAGUGAUAUAUAUGAUAAAUAUAUAUAUAAAGUUUUUGGAGUUCUACUGUUCCAAUGAAUGAUUCAAGACAAGUCCUUCUGCUUUUCAGUGGUACGCUAUUCUAAGCAGAUUUCAUUUAGAUUUUGUUCUUGUUUCUGUUCGAUGACACAUAUGAGAAUGUUCCUCUGCACAGUGCCUCUUUAUCUGAAUAUGAACCCUUCAUGUAUCUUGGUAAAGCAGCCAUAGCCACCUUUGUUUUCCUUUGAAAGAUUUAAUGGGGCCAAAGAAAGAACUUUUAGUAGCCCUUCUAUAAAUCGGAAAAUUCACUGCCACCAUACUUGUAAACGGACAGAGUGCAAAGCCAAAUACUAGUAUCCAGAAUAUCAGGGAAAAUCAUUUUGGCUUCACCAACCUCAAUUAUUGGCAGUUUAAAGCAGAAUCUGUUCUUUUAUCAUAUUGAAUGAAGUGACUGCCUGCAGAUCUUCUGCUGGGUGCCCAUGUUGUCUCUACUCCUCUGCCUACCUUUUAUUGUCAUGAUUGUUAGGGUAUAGCUCUUGGCUAUAAAUCAGGGAAAGCCAACUUAAGGCUCAACAGUUGUUGCAGUGCUCCAUUGUUCAUCUCCUAACAGUUGUAAGCGGCACCAGAAGAGCCACAGGAUAUCUAACACUGCUGGCAACGGCCUUUAGGUUGUUGAAAUGAUUCCACAUUCUCCUAGUGAUCUGGAUGUCGGAUGCUACUGCACUAUUGACAGUGGGUUCCUCCCAUACUGUUAAAUUGCUGGGUUCUAACUGUAAAUGAUUCCAGGUUUUACAUUGUUGUAAUAUAAAUGAAGAAUGGUAUGAACAUAAAUGUGCAUUUGUUCAACGUCUUUGUUACUUUUUCUCUCAAAUCAUUAUGCACAGAAUACCUUACUGCAGAUUCUCUACCAUUUCAUCCGUACAUGCAGUCAACCGCGGCCAUUUGCUUUCAUGUAUAGCUUCAACAGAGCUCUAAUAGCAAUGUAUGCUGGGUCAGGCCUUGGAACCUGCAUUUGGAGCUUCUGUUAAAUGCAGCUACCUGUGGAUAUAUGGGAUUGUAUUGAAAGGACGGCAUAAAAACUGCUGAUUUGUCUUAUAUGCAAACAGUUAUGGUUGUUCAUGUUUGGAAUAUGUUGUCAAUGCUUGAAUAAAGAGCCGGUAUUAAAUUGUUCAAACUGGGAUUAGUUUAAGAUGUGAAAAGGGAUAGUGCUUUUUGGUUUUGAUUUUUGUUACCUUUUGCUUGACUACACUGCACCUUGUUACUUUGCUUUUGAACUUCUUUCUGCCAUUUGCACUGGAAAUGUUACAGUAUUUCUCAGUCAUGGAAAUAUUCGAUUCCUUACCAUAUUUAUGAUGCCCAGCUAACCCAGUAUAGAGUUGCUAUUAAGCAGCUGAUCUAUACCCUGACAUAGCACUGCAGUGUUGGGCAGUACAUGUGCUGACACAGAUUUAUGGUAUGUCCCUACAGGUUGUAAGAAAAGGUAGAGAGAUGUCCUUGCUAUGGAGAGAUCCCUUGAGUUGGCUACCUCAAAAUGGUGGCUGGGGAUGGUUAGGGGAAUACAACCCAAAAGUAGUGCUAUACAGGGAGAUAGGGAAUGUUGGAUUAGAAAAAGGUGUACAUUCACAUUUUUAAAGGAAAACUAUACCACCAAGAUGAAUAAUUUAAUAAACAGUUUAAAUUAUAUUAAGUGCCAUAAUAAAGAAUCUCGCCAAACUGGAAUAUAUAUAUAUCAGUAAAUAUUGCCCUUUUACAUCCUUUACCUUGAGUCACCAUUUAGUGAUGGGCUGUGUGCUCCCUCAGAGAUCACCUGACAGGAAAUAAUGCAGCUCUAACGGGAAGUAGUGUGAGUGUAGAACACAGCACUUUGUCCAUUAAUUGACUGAUGUAACCUAACAUGUAUGUGUUUGUGUGCCCUGUGAAUUGUAUGAUCCCUGGGGGUGAUCCUAAUUUUCCAUUUAGUAUAACCCAAUGACACACACCCCCUGAAAAAGUACAUUUUCGUCAAAAUUUUUGAAGAAAGGUUUUACAUAUAAACAGUUUUAUUCAGUAUAGAGAGUCCUACAUUAUUUGGGGUAUAGUUUUCCUUUGAGCACAUUAUACAUCACCACAAAGUUAAAGCCGGUGAUAAAUGAUAGUAAGAGAGAUGCACAUAAUCUGCUUAAUAGUGGGCUACAUUGAUUUUAAACUUCCAUUGCUGGAGGUCAGAAAGUGAAUCCAGGCCUCCUUAGGAAUGGCUUCAUCAAUUUACUUGGGUCCAGAAUAAACCCACUGCAUAGAAUCCUGGGCAGCUCAGUUGCAACGUAUUAUUUAGUCUCCCACAUUUCAUUCUUUGUACUCUUCCAAACUUUGGGUGGGAUUUAAAUUGCAACAAUUUGGGGCCUUUUCCCCACUUUUGAUUUAAUUUCUUUGCUUAAAUCUUUUUUUUCCCAUGCCCCUUUUCUCAAACACACAAAACCAAAAUAAUAUAUAUAUAAUAUAUAUAUAUAUAUAUGCAAAGCAUCUCUGUUUCUUGUUUCUCUUUUAAAUUAUUUUACUGUUUUUACUGCUAUCCAUUUAUUUGUCUGUAACAUUGUCAUUCUUCUUUCCAGCACAAACACACACACACAUUUAACGCAUGUUAAGUGUCUUCUUUGUGUGAAAUUAAUAGAAUUCAAGGUACUUUAGAAGGAGCUUGUUUGCUGUUCUAUAAACUUCCCAUUUAGAAAGAGUGCUUACUAGAAUCUUUAUGAUUAACGUGUCAGAAGUGCUGUAAUAUCUUCCAAUAAACAGUUUUGUUAUCAAUUG